CGACCGAAAAUCCCAGGCAGUACGAGCAAAGAUGGUGGAUGUCCUCUAGCUAGCUAAUAUUAGCCCAGUCGUAGUCACAGCCACUGUCUAACGUUUGUCAUUCAAUGUAACUCAAAAUGUCUGUUGCUUUUGUACCGAAAAGACAUAGAGGAAAAGCUCAGAUCAACCAAGAAACCAUCCAAAGAUUACUGGACGAAAAUGACCAGCUGGUAAGGUGCAUCACAGAGUACAUGCAAAAAGGACGCGCAAUGGAAUGUGUACAAUAUCAACAGAUCUUGCACCGCAACAUUGUUUACCUGGGAACCAUAGCAGACGCCAGCCAAACUUGGCUCCAACCACAAACAUCCCCACCAAUGGAGAGGCACCAACAUUGACAUCCCAGAAUGGACAUAAAGCCAUCAUACAUAAUAGGCAAUUUCCUCUGAAUUGAUUCACAUCUAUCAUUUUAUUGAAAAUAAAUGUUGCUAUUUUUUUCCUGACCCCUACUGCUGUAAAGUAACACAAGGUGCAUUUAAUAAUUGAGUUUGGGCAUAUUGAGCUUUCGCAGAAUAUUAUCAUUACACCCAACAGGUCAGUUCGUGGGCAAGUCACCACCAGCAUUGUGAAGUUUGAAAUACACUACUAGGGGUAGCCUUGGACAAUGGCUAUUAUAUUACUGACAAGGGUUGCAGUUCAGUGGACUUAAGGUAAAAGAUGUUACAGCAAAGUUCUGACUUCAAGCCUGCUAGUUAAAACUAGAUGUACAACAGCCUACUAGGCAGCCUGUCACCCCUCAAAUAAAAGGAUCAUGCAUGGAGUCAUAGAAAAUAACACUAUUCAAUUGCUAGUAAUUUUUAUUCAUUUUUGUUGCAUUGCUGAUACACUUGGGAAGAUUCAGUUGCCAGCUCAAGAGAACAAGAAGCCAAGCAGUCCCCCUUCAUAUCUUCUGUCAGGGUUACUUUUUUGUAGAUGCCACAGCUAAAAUAUGCUAACGGUUACAGUCCAAGGUCUUUAAAGAUGUAAAAAAAAAAAAAAGGCAGCAAAAGUUUGGGAAA